UAGCUAUAACAGGCUAAACGAAAACCAUUUUUCACUGAUGCGCAUAUGCUCAAUCUUCAUUUGAUAAGAGCACGUGAACAUCGUUUAUGACAAUUUUAAAGUGUAAAGACAAAAUUAACCAUAGUGAAUGAUUGUCUGCUUCAGGUAGUGUUAAAUCAACUUAAAGCGCACGGAAGACAAAUAUACAAAACACGGAAUUUAGUACAAAUAUUGAUUUGGAAAAGUGUUUGGAAUGUUAAUGGCUAUUGAGACCAGGAAACCUUGCGUGACGUUAUAGCGGACAGCGAAUCUUCUUACCCGACUACGCGAUUACACAGGCUGUGCUUGCUUGAGAAACAUGAAUACAGAACUUUGCACUUCCAAGCGUACAGGCGUAAUGGCCGUAUCCAUGAUGGUAUUAAUGACGUUAUCACAUGCCGUUUCUACAUGCAUGAACUCAAUGCUCAGCAUCAUACGAUUGCUAUGGCGAUGGUACAUCGUCGUUAGGGUAGCACGUGAGGAGCUGCCCGACCUUGACCUUCCCCCUGGAGACAUGGGUUUCCCCUUCAUCGGAGAGACCAUGGACUUUUUGAACGAUGAAGAAGGCUUUUGCAACGAGAAAAUGCGUCGCUAUGGCAGCAUAUACAAGAGUCACUUAUUUCUCAAUCCAAUCAUCCGGGUCGUCGGUGCAGACAACGUGAAGAAAAUUCUGAUGGGAGAAAACACAAUCGUGACGGCAUACUGGCCGCAAAGUGUCCGGCUGUUGAUCGGCGAGGGAGCCAUCUCGCAGACUUCCGGUUACGUCCACAAAAUAAAAAGAAGAAACGUCAUGCACGCGUUAAGUAGGGAGACGCUUGAAGAGAUGAUUCCAUUUAUCCAGGAUUGUGUCACUUCCGUUCUGACUGAUUGGAAAAGCAGAAGAGAUAUUGUCACCUACCCAGAAUGCAAGCAGAUGGCGUUUCGGAUUUCGGCGUGCGCACUGAUUGGCAUUAAGCCAAAUGAGCAUAAGAUUGGAGAAAUGCACGAGAUUUUUGAGGACUUUACCAGAAGUAUAUUUUCUAUACCGGUGAACUUUCCUGGAUUUGGGUUUCGGCAGGCAUUGAAGGCGAAAAAACAGCUGCAUGCCAUUAUUCGUGAGGUAAUAGCUGAUGUACAAAAGGGGCCUUCUACUCCAGUGAUGACGGCCAUCUUUAAAUCAAGCGAAGCCCUUGGCGAAGACCGUGAAGAGAGUUUGAUCGAAGUUGUGGUCGAUUUGCUCUUUGCAGGCCACGAGACGCUGGCGAGUGCGACUACGAACUCCGUCAUGUUUCUAGGGCAACGAAAAGACGUUGUGAAGAAAUUACUGGACGAAAUCAGGCAUAAGUUGUGUUAUGAACAGAACGAUAUGGUCGUUGACGGGUACGAUUGUGCCACCGACAGCCUGUCAUUUCAGAAGAUUAAUGAACUCAAGUAUUUGAACAACGUCGUCAACGAGGUGCUCCGUCUGUUGCCGCCUGCAGGGGCCGGCUACCGGAAAGUGCUGAAAUCAUUCGAGCUGGGGGGGUUCCUGAUACCGAAAGGCUGGGUUGUCAUGUAUGGCAUCCGUGACACGCACAUCACGUCGCCUGUCUUCGAAAACGCGGCUGAUUUUGACCCUGACCGUUGGGCGGACAUCGAUGCGUCCUCGUCCCACGGCCAUAACAAAGCACGGUUUCAAUUUCUGCCGUUCAGUUAUGGAGCGCGCGGAUGCAUAGGAAAAACGUUUGCCCAGCUUGUACUGAAAAUUUUCAUAAUAGAACUAGUGCAGCAGUGUGAAUGGCAACUGAGGAACGACAGACCGAAAAUAAGGUUCGCCCCAAUGCCUGUCCCAGCCGACAAUCUUACCAUCGCUGUGAAGCCGCGAACAGUGAAAUAACGAUUAAAUAAUGCGUAUUGCCAGCUCAUUUUUGCAUUUUGUAUAACUUACAAUUUGUUCAAAGAGUGAAAUAUAUAUUUUUCCCGAAAGUUUAAUUAUUCAGACUAAAAUAGCUUUAAAUUUUGGUAUGUUUGAUUAUACAGGUUUGUAGAUCUAUUCUUAGAUGUGACGUCCUUCACAGAGGGUAUUGAUAUAUAAAAAGGCAUAUAUUGGACAAUAUCUAUAAAUA